AUGCUCGAAGGACCCAUAUUAAAAAUUUUUUGCCUCCUGGCCUGUUUGUCGCCUACCACCGUAUCGGCGAGACCACCACUCUCAGAUAUGUUUGGUUUUGGAUUAGAGAAAUACAUUCCGUACAUAGUUAUCAGUGCAAUUUUUGUAUUCGUAAUGAUUCCGACACAUGAAAAAUUCCAAGAAUUCAGGAUGAUAAUCUUUACGGCUUUAGAAUUAUUUUUGGGAUUUCUUUUUGCGCCCACCUUCUUUUACAUGACCGAAGGUCUCAGCGGGACGACGAUAAUUUUGAUGAUUUACGGUUGUUCGAUAACUGCGUUAAUGAUAAUGCUGAUGCUAAGUGACAAUUGCCAACGAAGGCCUCAACAAUUCAGUAUCAAAAUCUCGAUUUCCUUAGUAGCAAUAUGGCUUAGUUUUCUACCUGUACUCUCUUACGUAAUGGAAGGUUUUGGCGUGACGACAAUAGUUACCAUAAGUACCAGAUGUGUACUGUUGGUAUUGAUAUUAAUAGUAAAGUUGAAUAGUGACCAUACAGAUUUCGAUCUCAGAUUUCAAUUCCCGGUUUUGGUUGUUAAUUUGGUAGUAGGGUGUUGUUUUUCAUGUUGCCAGGGUACAAAAGCUGGUACAAUAAUUUCUUGUGUCAUGGGCGAUUUGUGGUUUACAUUGUUGGCUAUUUAUCUUGUCAUCGAGGAUGGCAUUUUUCCCAUUGCGGACAAAGCAAGGCCUAACGUUCAGGACUCUACCAGUGGAUCGAAUACCGCCAUUAUCGCUGUUCUAACCUUACUUCUCGGAGGAACAUUUUAUGACCGUCAAAUCAUUGCAACAAUAUUUCAAAUAAUAUGGGGUAUUAGAUUAGGAUUUUUCUGCAUGUACCGAAUGCUAAAAUCCAAUAGGGAUACACGAUUUGACAGCAUUCGAUCGAAAUUCACUUCUUUACUCGGAUUCUUCGUAAUACAAAUGAUCUGGGUGUGGACUAUCAGUUUACCUUUGAUCCUCUUAAAUUCACCGAGAAUGAGUGAUCCAAGCUCUGGUGGUCGGGAUGUACAUUUCGGUAGUGCCACUGAUAUCGCCGGGAUAGUGUUGUUCGUGUUUGGAUUGAUGAUCGAGAGUAUUGCCGACAUUCAAAAGUUCAUCUUCCGUCAGAAUCGUACAUCCCCGAAACAAUUUAUGAAAACCGGACUGUGGUCGUGGAGCAGGCAUCCGAAUUAUUUUGUUGUCAAUAGUUAUGGUAAUGAUUAUUUUUCAAGUAUCUUUACUAUACUUCCCAUUUAUGACACCACGAUAAACUGUGAUCCCCUAUUUUAUCUCCUUAGGAUCGGAAUGUUCUUGUUGUGUUUGCAGCCAACAAUAUCUGGCGUUGGCACUAAUUUAGGUUAUCUCUCUAUCGCCUCGCCGAUCCUCACUAUUCUUCUUCUGCUCUUCAUCACUGGAAUGAUAGUAAAUGAACGUCCGUCACACGAAAGGCAAUAUAAAAACGGAAAUUGGUCAGAAUACUCGGAAUACCUAAACCGUACCAGUUGUCUGAUUCUAUUUCCACCGUCGCUAUAUGUUCUACUACCACAGUCCAUUAAGAGCACACUUUUCUUGGAAUUUCCGAUUUAUCGGUAUAAUCCGGAAAGUGGAGGUAAUGAAGGAUUAAAUAAUGAUAGGUAUUCGAGUGAUGGUUCAUUCAAGGUUUUGUGGCAACCGAGAAAGGGAGACUCAUUUGUCAACUUUUUUGUGAACACGGAAUCAUUCAUUUUUGCUCUCUUAUUUAUAACUUCCGCUGUAUCAACGGAAAAACUCGUAGACCUCAAGGCCGAAUGA